AACAGGUUUCCCGUGCUACUGGGUUUAAAAAUAUACAAACACCUAAGUAUAAGUACGUACUUACUAGCUAACUGAUAUGCUAGCUGAUUGAAGCUAAGGCUGCCUUGAAGGACUAUCGGAAUUACUGGCGUUAUGGAUAGAAUUGAGCUUUAAGGUUCAUUCUUGACCUGGUAAAUAGUUGUUUGACAAAAGACUCCUAAGUCAGGAUCCACUCUUUCUUAAAUAUCUCACAUUAUUGAUUGCAUAACUACUUUACUCAUGGAACUUGUGCAAGAUUUGUCCACUUAGAUAAAAGGGAGAAAAUUGUUAAUGGGGUGUAUAUCUUACAAUUCGUCUUGACGUCACUACAUAGCAAGUAACAAGAAUAAUUUGGAGACAAAAAACAGCACACAACAACUGAGCAAUACCAUGCCACUGACCGCAUCAUUGGCGGUCGUGACGCUUUUUGUUGGUGAUUAGGACUUUACUAGGAGUACCUGAAGGCAGCAGAUCCUGUCCAGCAAAGUUAGCUAGCAGUACCAGAGGAUGCAGUUAGCCGGUAGGAGAAGACCGCAGCAUCAGCAUCAUCCGUACACAAUGACAUAAAACAGACACCGGCUUAGUGUACUGUUUGAGACGACGGGGAGGAAAAUCUCUCACACCAGAUAAAGAUGAGCCGCUUCUGCUCAGACAACAACAACUUUCCCUAUGACAACAACGUCCUAGUUUUGGACAUGGUGCUGGGCUCUCUGUGGGGAGUACCCCAGCCCAUAAACUGGGACAAUGUAGCCAAGCUGGUUCCAGGCUUCACUCCCAAGGAGUGUGCCCGUCGAUUCGAGGAGCUGAAGAACAGUGGGGGUUUUCCUCAUGUGGACAACCAGUGUAAUACCCUGACCGAAGGAAACACCUGCCCUUCAGACGGCCUGUCCACGCUGAUGGACACUGGGGAGAUGGUGGAGACAGGUAGUAGCCAGAGCACCAGCAAAGUUACAGGCUCCAAAUCGACGCUCUCAGGCAGGGUUGGUGCUGUGGAGAAGAAAGAGAAAAGAGUCUCAGUAGAGGAGGAUGACAAACCUCAGAAGCCACGAGAUCCCAACAUGGUCAUUCAUGUGUGUGAUGAGACCAAGAACCUGAAGCAGGACUUCACAUGUCCUCGAGAUCUUCUGGUUAAAGAGAUGCGUUACUUCGCUGAGUACUUGUCUGUGGACCCCCAGAGAUGGGAGGAGGUGGACAUCUCUGUGCACUGUGACGUACAGAUCUUUGACUGGCUCAUGAACUACGUCAGGAGGAACUCUGCAGGCGAGGGAAACAAGGACAAACCCCGGCUUGAGCCCAGCAAUGUGAUCUCAAUCCUGAUCUCCUCCGAGUUCUUGAAGAUGGAUACGUUAGUGGAGGAAUGUAUCCAGUACUGCCACAAACACAUGAGUGCCAUCGUGGCCACACCCUGCAACAUGAACUGCAUCAACAGCAACCUAGCAACACGCAUCGCUGAGCUCUUCAACCACAACGAGGCCGACGACAUCAGGGACAAAAAAGACAAGUUCAAGAGCAAAUUGUUCCAGAAGAAAAUUGAGCGUCUCUUUGACCCCGUCUAUCAGAGCAGAGAUUCACCGGGGAACGCCUUGACUCUUUACAGAUGUGGUCUGUGCCUUAAGCUGCUGACCAAAGACACAGAGAGGAAGAUUUCUUGUGUUCCAGGGAAAAUCAACAUUGACGCUCAUGGAGAGAUCAUCUAUACACACACCAGGCAGAAGAGCUGGGAUGUGCAUGAGUACAUCACUGGUCUGUAUGAUGACCUCAAGUCCUGGGUCCUGGUCUACUGGAGAAUCUGGGGUACCAUCAACUACCUCACCUGCUCCCGAUGCCAGCAGGUGUUUGUGUGUGCAGAGCUGACCUGCUGCAAGUACCACCCGGACAGUGUGCUGUACCCCGGCCUGGGUGCAGAGAAAGGCCUACAUGGAGCAGGAAUCUACCCCUGCUGCAACCAGAGGGUUCUCCGCUUUGAUCCCACUGGUAUGCCCAAGGGCUGUAAGAUGCGAGACCACAUAGUGAGCGUACCUGAUGAAGAGAACUGUGAUGAGGUGACCUCGGCCCAGACCAGAAUCCUUAAUGACCUGCUGCUGCACAGAGACGCAGUGUGUUUGUCCAACACACCUCCUGCAGAUGGGGCUGAGGAGAGUCCAUCCAGUACAGAAAAGGUUCAGGACUGUGAUGUUCUCCUGGAGCCAACACUCCUCGGACCUCUGAGAGGAGACGGCAGCACUUUUUCCCUCUUGAAAAACUGGAGUCUGCAACUGAGGCAGCAGUCUCUCCUGUCAGAGGAUGAGGAGUACACCACGGGGUCAGAGGUCACUGAAGAUGAGGUGGGGGAUGAAGAGGAGCUGUCCAAGAAACAAGCUGCUAAAAAAGCCAAGAAGGCCCACAGACCUCUGAAAAAACAAAUUUCCUCUCCAAACUUCCAACGCAAAGACCGACCGGAGAAAUCACAGACCAGGGACAACACACCUUUCACAGUGAGCGUCCAGAAGAGUAAGUGGGACAGCUCUCGUUCCAUGCGCUACAACCAGGACGCUCAGAGAGAGGAAGACCAGCGUCGCAUGGUGGAGAUCAUCGGCUACUUGACUAAGAUGAGAUUUGGAGACCAGGAACACAGCAAGUCUAAAGACACUAAAGAGCCUGCAGGGGGAAUCUACUCCAGACUGGAGUCUCAGUUUAAGAGUGCCUCUCAAGCCAGACAGAGUUCAGAGAAGACACCCAGACCUAAAAUACGCUACGCUCAGAUCCGGACAACAUAAAAGACCUGAUGGGAAAAAGCUGCUGAAGAGACAAACUGAUGAAGAGUCAAUAGAACACAGAGGAUGAGCGAGAUCCUCCUACGAGGGCUCAGCACAGCAAAAUAACUUCCUACUGACAGCCCCUCUAGCACGGCCACCUCCUAUAACCUAGCUGUGGACCCUGUCCUCAACCUCACUCCCUGUCAGCCCCCUUCCCCUCCCCCCUCUGCUUAACUCAGGUGACUAUGUAUGGAUCACCAUUAACUGCAUCCUCUGUCACUCAGCUCGCUGUUUAUUUGUGCAGCUGUGACCAGUCCUUGGAAAGCAGGGAGAACUCUGGAUCCGGCUCAGCACUUAGGAAAUGCACUUUGACUGAUCUCAGUGUUUCUUCAGGACCCAGACAUGUGGGGGUUUCUGCAAAGGACAACAUGAGAAAUUCUAGUUGAGGCAGCUGAAGUCCUCUCCGUCUGUUGUCUGACUUUAAGAUCUGAAUUGUUUAGAUCCAGUAAACACUUGUGUGAGUAAAAGUCCAGAUCCUCCAUCUGCUAAAGGCCAGAUGGGAAGAUGAAAUGUUUACUGCAUCAACACAACUCGGCUUGUUUCAGUUAAACUGAUCGUCACAGUACAUCAGUACAUUAAAGUCUGUACUAAUUCUCAUUGUCCUCUGUGGUGAAGCCCAGCCAUCUGGAUUCAGA